CGGAAAAAAAAAACACGAAAUCAAACGAAAAUAAUUUAGAAUUUAGACUCGGGGCAAAUUCGGUCAGAACCCGAAAGCAAAGAACGUCGAAUUUCUUCGGAACAGGGUCAAUGGCUCGCAGCGAGGAAGCUGAGUACGAAGACGUUGUCCGGUCUGUUGCCGAUGUGAAGAUCACCGGCGACGGAGACGGCGUCCACGUCUCCUGCUUCUCUGAGGUUUCCGACGACGUCACACUCUUCUUCCAAAUUAUCCGUCUCCCCAAUCAGAUAUACGUGUGGGUUGGUUGUAACUCCGCCAGAUUUGGGAAUAUGUACGCCGCUGCAUCUACCCGACCAAGCAAUACAGUGAGUAUUGCUUCAAUACUCGGAGGAACAUCUGAUAACACUGGCUCCGGCAUUGCUCGUAGACUGGUGUUGAAGACUGGCCUCAAUAUCAUCCUGGCUUGCAAUAUCCCCAAGAACAGUCCUUUGCUUGAGGCAAAUGCAGAGAAAGUGUUGAUUAGAAAGUUGAUUGAUCUGGGUUACACAAAGUUAGCACCUUCAAGGUCCACAUAGUUCAAAAGGGCAUGUAUUAUCAACUUGGCUGCUCGCUGUGAGUUUGUUUUCGCCUCUUAUGUUAAAGGAAGGUUCAUCUGUAGAGCUCCUGGACUUAGAAAAGAUGUUCUCCAAACAUUUUGAUUGAUUGAAGUUUCCGGUCUCUCCAUAUGUUUCGGUAAAAUCAGAAAUUCAAAGAAGUGGCUUCUCA